GACAACUCUAAUUGAUGUCAACAAUUGCACAACGAGUGAUCUGAAACUGGGGUGGUGAUUGAUUAGGACUGGAUAAGCAAUGUCGCACAUGCAUCGCUGAAAUUUUUGUUCAUUAAACCAUUCCAGACGAAAGUUCUGGACAUGUCCCAACUGGCGACCACUGAUCCAAUAGCGACGGUCAAGGAAGAUGCCGACGAUGAUGUGGAUGCAGUUUUGGCCGAACUUGAGAAUGAAGACGACUCAGGAUAUCGUGCCCAACGUCUUGAGGAAUUACAAGGGGAUGUGGCAGGGUCCGGGAUCAAUCCUACAGCAACCUUAGAAUCAACGAAAUCAGCAUAUACUACGCUCAAGAGCGACGACGAAACAUUGGGUUUUACGACAGAACACGAAAGAGCACUGGUUCACUUCUUCCAUCCUGAUUUCACGCGAUGCAAUAUCAUGGACUCGCACUGCCAGCAAAUUGCUGGAAAACAUGCAGAACUACAAGAUGCCGACGUGGCGUUUGCCCGAGUUGACGUCAAAGACGCUCCAUUUGUGGUUGAAAAGCUGGGCGUACGGGUCCUUCCUUGUGUGAUUGGUUUCGUCAAAGGAGUGGUCAAAGGGCGGAUCACGGGCUUUGAAGGAUUGUGCUGGGAUGGCAGAGAAAACAGUCCCGCUGUUACCAGGAAUUUGGAAGAAGCGAUUGUGGGAUGGACGGUUCUGUCGAAGAGAUUCUUGUUGAAUCAUGAAGACGAGGAUGCCAGUGGCGAAGACGGUGAUGAGGAUAGCAGGCGGGAUCGACGCAAUAAUCGUGUUCGACGAGGGAUCCAGGGACGAAAACAAGUCAUCGAAGACGAAGGGGAUGAUUGGGAUUAA